CCGUCGAGCGGAUAGAGGGAGUCACGGUUGUUGUUGUUGUUGGGAUAUUUCGACGGUGUUUUCAGGUGUUUUUGGGCGUCUGUUUUUAACAUAUGGGAUGUUAUUGACGCUGCUGAUUAUCAACGGGACUAUCACUCGCCUCGUGAAUCGAUUUGGACACGUCAGCAGAGCCCACCGUCGUUCGGUUUUGAUCUUAUCGCCCAACUUUGUCAGAGUAUCUUGUAGUCGUGUGCCAAAUUCGAGCGAAUCGAUCAUCGAGACUUGUCGGGCAUAAAAGUGAACAACAACAAACUUCUUCUUCUUCUUCUCCUCCUUCCAAAAUGGGCGACGAGCACGACGCCAACCAAAAAGGCUGGCCACUGGAAAGCUGCCAACUGCACGUGCCUCCGCUGGACGAGCUGGCCAAUGUCCUUCGUCAAGGCCUCGCCUUACAUUUCGCUUUUGUCCAAGUGGAUGUCGUCGACUGUCCAGAUCUGAGCCAAUCGCCGUUCCACCUAACUGCACCUGGUUUAGGUGGCGAUCCAUCUUUGGUGGAUUUAGGUGGCGUUCCUUAUUUGGUGCCAACGGUCCAUCGCGAUCGAAUCUACGAUCUGGCCGAUUUGCCGGCCGCGAUGAACGUCAAGGACGGCACAGUUUCGAUGAUUGGAGCCGGAGCCGGACCGUGGCAACAUCUGGAAACCAACUGCGAAAUGAUGACUAAUCUGUCGCUCUCGCUGGUGGCCGGCAAGAGCAGCCUGGUCGUCGACAACGGGACCCGAUUGGCCACAGUCGAUCCGGCCGGCCGGAGAAUUCUGCACGUCGUGCCGCCGAAACAGACUCGCUGCUCUUUGCUCAAUAACCUGUUGGUCUCCCGCGGACUCCCACGUACGCCCGUCCUCAGAAUCCGCUGCCAAAAACGUACCGGCCCAGACAACUUUGUUACCUGCAUGCGCAACACCCUUCGAGAGCGUUACGGCGAUAAACCAGUCGGUAUGGGAGGCGUGUUCAUGCUGGAAAACGGCCAAGCCAGGUUACACAUCAUGCCCGACUUUUCCCCGUGUCCGUUGCAGACGGACGCCGAUGUGAACAACUGGCUCCACUUCUACAACGCCACCGGGCCAUUGAUUAACCUCAGCGUGUUCAUCUCGCACGACCCCGGGCUGGAUCUACGGGUGGAGCACACUCAUUGCUUUUCCACUCACGGCGAAGGCGGCCACUAUCACGAGGACGUCAGUCCAGAAACAGUUGUCUACGAGGGCUACUUCACGCCAGCUGAGCGCCUCUUCCGCAUUGAUCGGCCGUCUCAGACCCACUGCGUCGGUCGUGAUUGAUAUCGCAUUGCAUCGGAUUUUCGAUAACGACUUUGUCGGUCUAGUGACAAAGACAGAGAAACGCUCAUGUCCAGCCAGGAUCAUCCUACGCAAUAGAAAAAAUAAAUAA